AUGCGGUACAAUAAUUCUCGUCCCACUGAAGAAUGUCCUUUGACAAAGACUAGAAGUUAUAAAUAUAAGUUAAGUAUAUACUGUGGAGAUGGUUUGAAAUUUAUUAUAAGCUGCUUUGCUAUAUUGACCAUUUCUAUUACAACAACAUUAUUUUUGCAAAUACUCUAUGCAGAGGAAACUCCUCAGGAUAAAGCUGGUAUUCAUGGAGCAGUUGCAACUGACUACACAAAUUGCUCACAAAUUGGAACCAAAUUAUUAAGGAAGGGUGGCAAUGCAAUGGAUGCUGCUGUAGCAGCUACCAUUUGUAUGACAGUAGUUGCUCCACAUAAGACUGGUCUGGGUGGGGGUGGCUAUAUUAUGAUAUACAAUCACAGAGAGCAAGCAAGUCCAGUUAUUAUUGACUUUGCAAAUAAUACCACUGAAGGUAUUUUUGCGCAAAAUGGAGUGCGUGUACCAGCUGUAUUAAAAGGAUUAGAACAUGCACACGAGUUGAAAGGGAAGUUACCAUGGAGCGAAAUUGUUAAGCCUUCGGUAAUUCUGGCUAAAGAAGGUUUUGUUGUAUCCAAGGAAUUAGCAAGUGAAAUAUCAAAAAAUAUUGGCUAUGAAAUUUUGUAUGGACAUCUUAGUGCUGGAGAUACAUUAAAAUUACAAGAUUUAGCUGAUCUAUUAAUUGCUGCAGCACAACAUGGUUCUAAUGUGCUAUACAAUGGAUCCUUCUCACAGAAGCUUUUACAAGACAAAGAUGAGCCUUCAAAGCUACUUGAACAAUUAUCAAAUUAUAAACCUCAUGUAUAUCUAGCAAAGAAAACCAGUUUCUAUAAACAUGCAGUAUAUUAUGCACCACACAUGACUUUGGUAAAAUCAAUGAUUGCAUCAUUAGAAAAUAUGAAAAUAUCUACUAAAAAUACAUCUACAAUAGAAGCACAAGUUGAAAUAGCUGAAACAUUAAUACAUUCAAUUUUUGUUCCACUACAGUCAGAGCAAAACGCCGAAGAAGAAAAAUACACCGGUGUUAUGGCAAUGGACUGGGAAGACAAUUACGUUUGUAUCAUAACUGGACUUAGUUCACCAUUUAGUCUUGGACAGAUGUCAAAUGCUGGCUUCCUGUUGGAUAAAACUGAUACCAAUAAUAGUCUGUCUAUGCUUUCUCCAAUAAUUUUUCAUAAUGAAAAAGUAUUAUGUGGAUUGAGAGGAGUUUUUGGAACAGAUGAUGCAUUAAUUAUAGGACAAUUAUUAUACAGUAUUAUCGUGCGUGAAUUAAACAUUUCUGAAGCUAUAGAAUAUCCAAGAUAUUAUUUCUCAUCUGAUGGACUUGCUGUGGAAAGUGAUCAGAAACAUUCUGUAAAUAUUCUGCUACAAAAUCAAUUAAACGCGAUGGUACCGGCGCUACACACGGUUACAGAUUUGCCGUUAAAGAGUGUGAAUGCAAUCAUAAAAAGAAAAGACUUAAUGUCCAGUCAUUCAGACAGUCGGGGAGGUGGUCUUGCAUCAAGAUUUUAAGAAUGUUUUUAUUUUUUCUAACACUUUACUUUAUAAAAGUAGUCUAACAUUAAUUCGAGACUU